AUGUCUGGACCGCGAACCCCUCGAUUCCGGCACCUCCGCUGGUUGGCCUGCCUGCUGGCCAGCCUCUGGUUCUCCGUGAGCCAGGCUCAGCUGCCGGGAACGGGUUUCCAGGGACAAGGACGAGGGCAAGUGCCUCCCCUGCAGCCGCUGCAACAGCCGGCCAAUCCCUUCCAGCGCCGCCAGCCCAAUCCCGUCCAGGGUCAAGGACUAUUUCCGGGUCAGCGCAACCCGCUGAACCCAUUGGCUCCACCGCUCACCGGAGCUGCCCUCCAGAAUCCCUACACCCGCUACAAUCAGUACCAGCAGCAGAACUACGUGCCCAUCACCGCCUACCAAAACGAACUCAAUCUGGAUGGCAGCUUCUCCUACGGCUACUCAUCGGCCGACGGAACCACUGCCCAGGCACAAGGAUAUGUCAAGAACUUGGGAUACGGCGAGGGUGUCGAGGCACAGGUUAUUCAGGGCUCCUACUCGUACACUUCACCGGAGGGCACUCCCAUAACAGUGCGCUAUAUCGCCGACGAGAACGGAUUCCGGGCGGAGGGCACUGGGAUUCCAGCUUCCCCGCAAUAUUUCUCGGGUGCCCAGCCCUAUCAACAAAACCUGCUCAACCCCAAUAUAAAUCCGUACCAGACGCCCUUCCGCCAGCUGCCGCCACCACUGCCCAAUGCCCCAUUUCGUCCUCAGAUUCCGGGACAACAGCCAUUGAACCCGCUGCAACAGCAGCAACAACAGCAGCAACAGCUGCAACAGCAGCGCAAUUUCCAGCAGCAACAGCAACCAAAUUCCGGGCAAUACCAGCCAGAUCAGCCGUUUAAUCAGUUGCAUUCCGGUAAUUUACCUGGCCAGUAUGCUGGACAAUUUGGCCAGCAAGCUUUUGGCAGCAAUCUCACGGCGCAACAGGCACAACAGCAACAGAAUCUUAACCAGCAACAGCAGCAGCAACAACAGCAGCAGCAACAGCAGAAGGAGCAACAGAAUGAACAGCAGCAACAGGCCUUGAUAACCCAACAACUGAGGGGCAGACCCAAUAACCUGGUGGAUCCCUAUGGCUAUAACCAGUACGGCAGACGCUUCAAGAAGUCCCCAAAGAAAUAAGAUAGCAACUAAACUUGUAAUUGAAACGAUUAGUUAGUCCAAACAUGUAGUCGCAACUCAAAG